UCAUUCCGCUUUGAAACUGGCAACGCAGCGCACCGGAUCUCCAGUAAUGCGAUUCCAAAGCAGCUUUCUAAACUCCAGAAGAGCGCUGCUUGAUCCGGAGGAACUUCUCCAACUUCGCUCCUCAUCCUCACUCCUCACUUGAUGACAAUUGCCGCGGGAUAUCAUCUCUCCCCUGUUUGAUUUUGUCUUUAUUUAUUUAUUUUUUUAUUUUUUGGAAAGUUUUAUUCAUUUAUUUUUUAUGCCAAAGUAGAGAUGAAUAACACCGGGUUCAACCAGACUGAGGCCGGGCUGUUCAACAAGACAGAGGAGUUUUUCUGCUGCAACUUCUCCUCCGUGGUGACCGACAACGGCUUCGUGGCCGCGGCUCCGGACGAGAGGAGCCUCUUCAUAAUGAGGGUGGUCCAGAUAGCCGUCAUGUGCGUCCUCUCCCUCACCGUGGUGUUUGGCAUCUUCUUCCUGGGCUGCAACCUCCUCAUAAAGUCCGAGGGGAUGAUAAACUUUCUGGUGACGGACAGAAGACCCUCCAAAGAGACGGAGGCGGUGGUGGUUGGAGCCUACUGACGGACGAGGACCUUGGCAGUCUUGGUGCUGGAGUCAGAUGGAGAGGGUGCGACGAUCAACAGUCCCGAGCGCAAGGCCCUGUUUUUAUGUUUUGUGCAGUUUCUAAAAAGCCGAAAGGAGCGCUCUCUGUAAGGGCACGCUGAUGGGGACUGAGGCGCACAGCUGCUCACCUUUAUUCGUGUGGCCUUUUUUUAAUGCCAACACUCUGAGAGGUAACAGUGCGCUGAGAUCCUCUUUAGUUAAGUGUCCAAUCACGCACUGAUCUCAUUUGAGAGUUGCGAAACAUCAGUCUGACGCAAAUGUUUUGCAAACGCAAAGGGGAAUUUAAUGUUGAACGUUUUUGCUCUAUUUGGCAUACAAUGGGCAAGACUCUGGACAGAAAUAAAAAUAUGUACCAAUUCGCAGCAAUGGUGAAAGACAUUUUGUUUUAGAAAAAAGAAGAAAAAAAAAACGACGGGGAAUGUGGUUGAGAACCGACAGGGAAAAGACUUCCAUAUUAACGACUCUACUGAUUUUUAAAUGUGAUUAAAAAGUUAUUAGAAUCUAAUUUCAUGCUUGACUUUCAGCAUUUUUGUGUGGGCUCCCUUUGGACAGAAUCUACACUAUAAAAAUGAGUAAUAAUAGGAGGGUAAUAAAUAUUACAUGUUAAAUUGGUUUGAAUUGGAUGAAUCUUGUUAGUUUGUAAGCUUAAAUUUUUAGCAUCAUUACAUGUUUUUGAUAACCUAUCUAAACAAUUUAAAUGGAAUUAAAUUAAAUAGUUUCCUUACUUUCAUU